AUGGUAUGUUGGACAAUUUUUGUUGAAGGUGGCCCAACUGUCUCUAAUCAAUGUGCGGUAGCAAUUGGCAAAAAGAUUUAUUCUGUUGGCGAAUAUUUGCCACCUGAAAAUUGUGAUCCAAAUGCUAAAUUAUUUGGUAUAAGUAUUCUUAAUACUGAUCAUUAUCGUUGGCAUCAAAUAUCUGUACCAUAUCGUAAUGGUAUUUAUCUUCCAAGAAAAUAUUACAAUCGAACAUAUUAUCCAUUACCAUUAUCACUUGAGCCAAAUGAUCCAUUGGUAUCAUUCGGCGAAAUACCAAGUCGAUCAAUUGGCCAUACUGUUGUAGCAUAUGAAAGGAAAAUUUUUUUGUGGGGUGGAUUUCAGGUUUCAAGUAGAACAACUCAUCAAAUAUUUUGCUAUGAUACAGAAAGACAUAUUUGGACAAUCGUUCCAUGUACUAACGCUCCACCACCAUCACGUUUUGGACAUACCGCAGUUGUGUACAAUGAUAUGAUGAUUAUAUUUGGUGGAAUCGAUCAAAAUUUUUCUACACCAGAUCAUAUUGAUGUAUUUAAUUUCAAAAGUCAAAAAUGGACUAAAUGGAGUGUAACGGGUAAAUUGCCAGAGGUACGGGAAUUUCAUACAGCUUGUGUAAUUGGCAAUAAAAUGUAUAUAUUUGGUGGGGUUGGUGUGCCAAUGUAUGAAUUACAAAUAAGCUUUUUAAAUUUGGAGACACGUCAUUGGGAGCAACAAAAUGUCACAGGUGUCAUACCAUGUGGGCGGAAAAAUCAUUCUGCUUGGGUCUAUCGUGAUAAGAUGUAUAUAUUUGGUGGUUGUUUGCAAGAUGAAAGUUAUCAUUUUGGUACAAUUCAUGAAUUUGAUCCAAAAACAUCGGUGUGGCGUCGAUUAAAACCAGGUGGUUUGGUUGGUCCAUGUAAUCGACAGGAACAACAGGUUGCUGUUAUUGGUAAUCGUGUCUUCAUAUUUGGUGGCUUAGCUUCAUACAAUAAUUUACCCAAUUCAUUUGUUAGAAUAUCUGAUCUUAAUGUUCUUGAUUAUGAUUGGAAGUUAAAAGAUCUUGCUAUUAUUACUUUGUUAUAUCAAAAAGUAUUUGAUAUAUCAGUUUGCGACUAUAUAUUACCCAAUGAUUUAAAAUUCGAAGUUUCCAUGCGAUUAUUACGGAAUCCAAUAAUGUGA